AGAACAGAUAUAUUGAAACGAGCAGCGUGAAAGAGGGAGUCGCGAGCUGAAGAUAGUUGUAAAUGUUGCAAAUCUACUACAUGGUUUUAGGUCUUUUUUAAGUUAUUUUAAAUUAAAUCUCUGAUCAGUUUCAGAUCAGCCUUAGAUUUUAUUUUAAACAGUUAAAUAUUUGCUAAUAAAAAAAUUCAACAAUACAGCAUUAUAGAAAGAAAGAAAAUAGGUAUUAUUUUCUUUACAAAGGCACUGUAGAAAAAUAAUAACAAUAAUGUCCGCGAAUGUCCCGCACAUGGAAAGAGAAUUGGAUUUGAGUAACGCCGGACGCGGUGUUUGGCUUGUCAAAGUGCCUAAAUAUAUAGCCAACAAGUGGGAAAAGGCGCCUGGCAAUAUUGAAGUCGGCAAAUUGACAAUCACCAAAAAUCCUAGACAGAAGGCUGAAGUGUCUCUCAGACUGUCGGAGGCAGUCUUAGCUUUGAAGGAACCUGGUGAAGGGGAAAUACCAAAACAACAUAGGCUAGAUGUUACAACAGUCACCAGACAAACUCUAGGAGUAUUUUCUCAUGUUCCUGCUUCUACAAGCUCAGAUGCAAUUGUACCAGAAACAGAGAAACUCUUUAUGGAGGGAAGGAUUGUACAGAAAUUAGAAUGCAGACCAUAUGCUGACAAUUGUUAUAUGAAGUUAAAACUAGAAAGUAUCAAGAGAGCUUCUGUACCACAGAGACAGGUCCAACAGUUAGAUAGAGUUGUGCAAAACUUCAAGCCUGUAUCAGAUCAUAAACACAAUAUCGAGUACGCUGAAAAGAAAAAAGCAGAAGGAAAGAAAAUGAGAGAUGAUAAGGAUGCUGUGCUCGAUAUGCUUUUCGCGGCAUUUGAGAAACAUCAGUAUUACAAUAUAAAGGAUCUUGUAAAAAUCACAAAGCAACCUGUUGUUUAUCUAAAGGAAAUUCUUACAGAAGUUUGUAAUUAUAACUCAAAAAAUCCUCACAGAAAUAUGUGGGAAUUGAAACCGGAAUAUAGACAUUAUAAGGAAGAGGAAAAGCAUGCAGAGAGCACUUCAAAGAAAGGCAAUGAUUUAGAAGACGAUUGACUUUAUACAUAUAUAUUUGCAAAUGCUUGAAACAUCAGCACAGAGUUAGAAGAUGCAACUUCUACUUUCAAUACAUCAUUGGCGGGAAUGAACAAAACGGAACCAUGGGCAAAAAUCUUAGAAGAUAUUUUUGCUUUACCCUCGACUAUUAAAAGAAUACUGGCAGAAAUUCUUGGUUUUAAAGUAUGAAAUGGUCGUUUUUUUGGUACCUGUAAAAUAUUCAAGAUAGAUAUACAUGUUCAUAAAUAUAAUUGAAUACAACAAAA